AUGCUGCUUCUCUGGAGCCUCCUAAGCUUGGCAUUGCCGACAAGUAUCCUUGCAACGUCUCUCCAUACAAGAGGUUCGGGUGAGGAUGCAAGUCUCGAAUGUAUUGUGAUUGAGCUCGUGGUGGAUCUGCUGCGCGACAGCCCCACAGCUACCGAAUUUUGCGAAUCCUUGCUUGCUCCUACAACCACCACCACCGCUACAGCCUGUGCCUAUGUGUAUCCAUCGCAUCAGACGAUGGCCGAUGCCCGGUUGAACAUCGGUGCGGCUACUCAGAUUACUACUGCACCUAAAGUCUCGCCAACACCCGCAGCGUUGCUACCGUUUCCCAGUUCCGAAAUCAGCCAAGCUUGUAAAUGCCUCAGCAUCCCGGCAUCCGACCUGACAACCCGCACGUCUACGAAGACGGCAACCUCGACAACCACACUCUGCCCGGUCCCCACGACCUGUGGGAACGAGGGUGUCCAGUGGGCAUAUUAUCAAGACAAUAAUAUUCCCCCAAACGCCCAUCCAUGCCGCGAUGGUUACACCUGGGAUCCAACUGAGAUUAAGACCAUUAUCCCUUCUUACACUAGUACAACCCCUUACAUCUUCCUAAACGCCACCGGUGAUACAGAUGUUUCGAUCUACGGCUCCACUCAAACAUUCGAUUUGAUCGACAUCGCUCUCAACCACCGCGGGUACAUCUACGCCGAAGUCUCCGGCGACUACACGUAUACCUCAUCGAACGCGGACGAUAUUAUUUUCUUCUGGAGCGGUCCUAAGGCAUUUUCGGGAUGGACCGAAUCUAAUGCCGAUGCAACUAAUGAAUACUGUCAACCAGAUUCCACAUUCACCAUGUCGCUUCUCUCGGGGCAGUACUAUCCAUUCCGUAUUGUGUAUGCCAAUUCGCAGUUAGAUGCAGUCGAGAACAUUACUAUCACUGCCCCUGACGGUACAGUAAUCCUCGGUGCGACCUCCACGGGAUCGCCAUACAUAGUGCAGUAUUCCUGUGAUGGCACUUCGGCUCCGCCAUUCCCGGCUUUUGGAGAUGAGUCCUAA